CUUCCUCGCCCGGUCAUGCUGCCCCUGUGCCUCGUGGCCGCGCUGCUGCUGGCCGCCGGGCCCGGGCCGAGCCUGGGCGACGAGGCCAUCCACUGCCCGCCCUGCUCCGAGGAGAAGCUGGCGCGCUGCCGCCCCCCCGUGGGCUGCGAGGAGCUGGUGCGGGAGCCCGGCUGCGGCUGUUGCGCCACUUGCGCCCUGGCCAAAGGGAUGCCCUGCGGGGUGUACACUCCCCGCUGCGGCUCGGGCCUGCGCUGCUACCCGCCCCGGGGGGUGGAGAAGCCCCUGCACACGCUGAUGCACGGGCAAGGCGUGUGCAUGGAGCUGGCGGAGAUCGAGGCCAUCCAGGAAAGUCUGCAGCAGCCCUCUGACAAGGACGAAGGCGACCACCCCAACAACAGCUUCAGCCCCUGCAGCGCCCAUGACCGCAGGUGUCUGCAGAAGCACUUUGCCAAAAUUCGAGACCGGAACGCCAACGGGGGCAAGAUGAAGGUCGUCGGGGUGCCCCGGGAGGACAUGCGGCCUGCGCCCCAGGGGUCCUGCCAGAGCGAGCUGCACCGGGCCCUGGAGCGGCUGGCCGCCUCGCAGAGCCGCACCCACGAGGACCUUUACAUCAUCCCCAUCCCCAACUGUGACCGCAACGGCAACUUCCACCCCAAGCAGUGCCACCCGGCUCUGGACGGGCAGCGUGGCAAGUGCUGGUGUGUGGACCGGAAGACGGGAGUGAAGCUUCCGGGGGGCCUGGAGCCGAAGGGGGAGCUGGACUGCCACCAGUUGGCUGACAGCUUCCGCAAAUGAGCCCUGCCAGCAGGCAGGGGACUCAGUGCCCCCUGCUACCCGCAUCCCCUCGAGGCUGCAGAGCUGACCUGGAGCCUGAGUCUGAGUUUUGACUCUGCCUUGGGCCCAGGAGUUUCCCUUGGGUGUGUGUGUGAGUGUGUGUGCGCAUGGGUGUGCUCUUAGGGUGAGCCAAACAAAGCCUGGGGGUGUCCUCUUCGGGCUUUGAUAGCCUGAGAGGUCUGAGAGUAGCGAUGGGGAGCCUGGUGUGUUCCCAGAUCGAUCCUGGAUUCAUUCAUUCAUUCAUUCAUUCAUUCAUUCAUCUAAAAACAUGUAUUGACCACAUACUACAUGCCAGCCCUGGGGACUCUUAUUCCAACUUCCUCUGAUUUGGGCAUGUGGGGCCAGUUCCUGUGAGGUGAGCAUAAGCCGGUGAGAGAAGUCCCAUUUCCAGAAUCAGAGGAAGAAUGUAGACAUGUACUUGGCCAUUGACCGCUCCCCGAUCUAGUCAGAGGGUAGAGACUGUUGGGUGGCAGAUGGCCCCGUGGUCAGGAGGCCCAGACCACCCCCCAAGCUCAGGCCUGCUGAGGGGAAGGGCCUGCAGAGACAGGUCCACCUGGGGCUGGCUGGCCACAGAGCACCUGCUUUGGGGAAGGGAGAGCACCAGAGGGAGAUGCGGAGGACUGAGGCUGGAGGGAGCAAGGCCCAUCUCUGGGCAGUCAGGGUGGGGAGGAGAACGGAGUGGGGGAGGGUGUGGCGGAGGGUGGCACCACCCUCUGGUGCCUGCUGGGCCCAGGUUGCCUCAGACUCCCUCCUCCACCUCAAAGUCAUGAAGUGGAGAUCCCCGCCUUCAGGCCUGUGGCUCUGUCUCUCUCCUUCCAUCUCCAUCUUCCCCUUGGCCUCCUUCCCCCCCUGGGCAUUUUCUGGCCAGACUGGAUGGAAGGAGACUUAAGGACCUACCAGCUGGCCAUGAUGUCUUAUCUUUUUUUUUUUUUUUU